AGUAGGGUAUAGUAAGUAAUGAUGAUCCCAAAUUGUUGAAUCAAACAGAGUUGGCCGUGAAAAAUAAUCCGGAAUUAUGGAAGAAUUUUUAAAUAUAAAAUGGAGAAUACAACAUCCUAAUGAGUUGGAUUAUGGGUUAGAUUAUAUUCCAGAAAGAGAGAUUGCGAAUUCUUAUAUUUACAAUCCUCCCCAAAUUGAUACUGCGUCACCUAAACUAGUAGUUACAGAAAAUGUUGCACCUAUAGAAACUGUUUCAAAAUCGAGCAAUAAAUUCAAAUUAAAAACACAAAUAAAAUCCUUUUUGAAUGCUAUGGAACAGACAAAAUGUUUAAAUGCUUUACAUAUAUUACAAAUUGGAAAAAAAGGAUUAAAUUUGUAUGAUAGAGGAUGUAUGGAACUUUAUAAUAAUGUUCACAACAAAAUUAUUGAAGAGAACCAAAAAUUUUUGCAAUUUGCAAAAAAGAAUUUUCUUAAUCAAAAAGUAAAAGCAGGUUUUACAAAACCAAUGCAAAAUUAUGCCGAUUUAAUACUCAAAAAGCAAUUGGAAAGGUGCAAGAGUUAUCCAGAACGUUAUAAACAGAUUGAUACUUUUUUACAUACUUACACUGAAGAAAAUAAUCCAAUUGAAAUGGUUCAUUUAGGAAAUUUAUUAGAAUUAGGUAGUUUAGCAAAAUUUACUCGUCCUACAUUAAUAACACCGUAUUAUAUUUGUUCACAAAUGUUUCCAAACACUUUUCAAAAGUAUCAUUCAAAAUUACCAGUUAGUCAAGAUGGAAACAUAAAAAAAUUACUCACAUCUUGUGAAGCAGAAGUAGUUAUAUCUGCUAGUGGACUAAAAAGAUUAUUAAAUUUCACUGAAAUUAAUUCUGGUUGGGAAAUUCCAAUUAUAAUAGAAGAAAUUGAUUAUAUAGAAACUAAUGGAAUUAAUACGAAAAGAAAUAUCAUUUUUAUAGACAAACCCUUACCAAAAAUAAAAAUAAAUGAAGCAAACAUAGUCGAAAAAAAUGUUAAAAUUGGUUUAAAAGCAAAUUUUUGUACGCCAGAAGCUUUAAAAUAUCCUAAUUCUGAAGAGGUACUAAGCACAGAAACAAUAGAAAUAAAUCCUAUGAGGAAACAAAAAGCUAACACAAAAGAAGAAAAUGUAUCAAGUAAUUCUAGAAAGCUUGAUCAUAAUGUUUCAUAUCGGUUAUGGCACCUCAGGCAAGAAAAUGAAGAAUCAACACUGAUGAAAACUCGUUAUAAAACGAAAGAUGUAAAGGUUUUAGUUCGUUGUAAAUUAGAUGCUUGCGAAGCUAUCGAAAAUAAUGUUUUACAACCUAUCUCGUUACAUGUAAAAUUAGAGCAUCAACCAGAAUUUGGUGGUGGAAUUCUAACAAAAACGGAAUUGAUAAGCCAAUGGGUUUCAUUAUUUUUUAGACCUUAUUCACAGUUGUGUAGAUUUAGAGUUGUUUGUAAGUCAAAACAAAUAUUAACGUUAGAAAAUUGUAAUAUUCAAAGUAUUAAAAAUGAACUGCUCACUUAUCAUAAUUAUAAACCAUCUUUGGGCUUUGGGGCGUUAUACAAAUUAUUUUUGGAACUUAAAUCUUUAUCGCCAGGAAAUUAUUUACUUCAACAUUUACCAAACCAACCAAGUGUAACCUUAUUACAAUCAAGUGAGGAUGGUAAUUAUAAUUUACACAAAAAUUAUGAUAUCGAAAAUUGGACUAUAAUUAGAAAAUACGAAGAUUGGUGUCCAAUAGAUUGCAGUUUAAUCUUACCAAAGCAUCAAACUUCAAAGCAAAUGCCUGGAUUAUUUCCUCCAAAUCUUAACAAAAAGCUUAAAGGAGGCAAACGUAAACCAAAGCUUACAAAGGCGCAAAAAAAUAAAAACGCGAAAAAGAAGAAAAUCAGUAAAAAAAUCGUUAAAACUAAAGAUGUAAAUACAAGUUAA